GGGGGAAAGGAGGCUGGAGGACAGGUGAGGAUGGGGAGCCCUGAAGAUGAUCUCAUUGGGAUUCCCUUCCCAGAUCACAGCAGUGAGCUCCUCAGCUGUCUGAAUGAGCAGCGCCAGCUGGGCCAGCUGUGUGAUCUCACGAUCCGAACCCAAGGCCUAGAAUACCGAACCCAUCGGGCAGUGCUGGCUGCCUGCAGCCACUACUUUAAGAAACUGUUCACUGAGGGAGGCGGGGGCACAGGUGCCAGUGGUGGCAUGGCUGCCUCCUCGGGUGCCGGCGUCUGUGAACUGGACUUUGUGGGCCCAGAAGCACUAGGAGCCCUGCUGGAGUUUGCCUACACGGCCACCCUCACCACCAGUAGCGCCAACAUGCCUGCUGUCCUCCAGGCAGCGAGACUGCUGGAGAUCCCGUGUGUCAUUGCUGCCUGUGUUGAAAUCCUGCAGGGGAGCGGGCUGGAGGCCCCUGGUCCUGAUGAAGAUGACUGUGAGAGAGCCCGCCAGUACCUGGAGGCCUUUGCCACUGUGGGCACUCGGGUGCCCAAUGGUGAUGACAGUCCACUACCAGCCCCUCUUCCACCACCCCCACCCCCAACACGGCCUGUUCCCCGAAGAAGCCGAAAGCCCCGAAAAGCCUUUUUGCAAACAAAGAGGCCUCAAACCAACCAUCUGCUGUCUGAUGUGGCUGCCAUACCCCCCCACCCGUUUACCUACCCAGAUGAGGAAGAGGCAGCAAGUGGCAUUAGUCUAGGGGAUAGCUAUAGCCCCCCUGGUGGGGCCAGGUCACCCCCUGAGGGGCACCUGGGCUAUGAAGGAUAUGAGGGGGAGGAAGAAGAGGAAGAUCUAGUGUACCCACCAGCCUAUGGGCUGGCUCAGAGUGGGGCACCCCCCUUGUCCCCUGAAGAGUUGGGCUCAGAUGAGGAUGCCAUUGACCCCGACCUGAUGGCCUAUCUGAGUUCUCUGAACCAUGAAGCCCUCACCCCAGGGAUAGAUGGCCAGGACAAGCUGGUACGCAAGCGUCGUUCCCAGAUGCCCCAGGAAUGUCCAGUUUGCCACAAGAUCAUUCAUGGGGCAGGCAAGCUGCCCCGACACAUGCGGACCCACACCGGUGAGAAGCCUUUUGCCUGCGAGGUCUGUGGCGUCAGGUUCACCAGGAAUGACAAGCUGAAGAUCCAUAUGAGGAAGCACACUGGUGAGCGGCCAUAUUCAUGCCCACACUGCCCAGCACGCUUCCUCCACAGUUAUGACCUCAAGAACCACAUGCACCUGCACACAGGCGACCGGCCCUUUGAAUGCCACCUGUGCCACAAGGCCUUCGCCAAGGAGGACCACCUGCAGCGUCACCUGAAGGGCCAGAACUGCCUGGAGGUCCGGACCCGUAGACGAAGAAAAGAUGAUGCACCCCCCCACUACCCCCACCAGGCGCCCACCCCAGCUGGCCCUGGCCUUGACCUUUCCAACGGGCACCUGGAUGACUUCCGCCUCUCCCUGGCACGUUUCUGGGAGCAGCCAGCCAGGGCUGGGCCUCCUCCUCCACCCCCAGGGCCUCCUGAAGAAGACGAGGAGGAGGGGGCACCAACCACACCCCAGGCUGAGGGUGCCAUGGAAUCCUCUUAAAUGAGAAAAGGAGCUGGACUAGGGUGGAGUCGCAGGGUGGGCACAAAUGCCAAGGAAUAUGAGGGCUGUGGAGCACAGACUGUACUGUGGGUCAGGGGAAUUUUGCCUUCAAGGGUACCAGACCCGGCUCCUCCUCUGUACCUUGGCAGCUCCGGGCUAGUCCCACAUACAGGGAAAAGUUUGGGCUCUCCCCCAGAUUGGGGCAGACUCCCUCCCACCAAGGGGUGAUAAAUAUAUAUAUGUAUAUAUACAUAUAUAAUAUUUUGUAUAUAUAUAAAUAUAUACAUACACACACAGCUCUAUUGUAAAGGUGGGGUUCCCCCCUCCCCAAACCCUGGAUCUUCCCAGGGAUCUAGAAGCAAUAAUAUAUUUCUGAUUUGUAGGGGGGGUCCCUUUUCGGCUAUGCGGGUUUUUAGAGGGUGAGGGGUAUGGGACCAAAUCCCUGCCCCACCCACCCUAGGGGUAGGGCUGUGUGUAUGGGGUGGGGGAAGCUGCCCCUCCUUUCCUGACCCCUCCUUCCUGGUUUCUGUUCCCCUUUUCCUGGCAGUGGAUUAUGCAAAGGUUUGGGGGGGGUGAAUCGCGGUAAGGAAUAGACUAUGGAAUCGGGGAAGCUGAGUGGGAGACUGCAGGGAAGGAAGGACUGGGGGUGGGGGGCCACCAGUGGGAAACUGGGGCAGAAGGGAAGGCAGCUCCCCCACCGUCCCUCCGCCCAGUUCCCAGCGCUGAGUCACGGGGUCCGAGGAGCAAGCAGGGGGCGGGGUGCCCAGAUCCUCUCGCCCGCCCCCGGGGGCAGCAGGAGGAGCCCCACCCGCUCCCCUCCCCUCCCGCGUCCCCAGGCAGGGAAUGUCUUGUUCCCGCCGCUCCCCGCCCGGGGCCAGAGGGCUGGGCGGGCCGGGCUUCGUCCCAUCCUAGCCCUGCCCUCCCUUCCCCGGCUCUCUCCCCUCCCCGCCCAGGUGCGAGCUGCCGCCGCCGCCACUGCUGCCGCUUGUGCAGCCGCCGCCGCGCCCCUGACUCACGCCGCCCCCGGGCUGGCGCUGCAGCUGCUGCUGCUGCCGCUCGGGCUGGGGGGGGGGAGGGGGUGAGGACCAGACUUACUGAGAGUGGGCUGGCGGUCGCCACCUGGCGGCCGGCUGCUGAGCGAGCGUGAGCGCCCCUCGCGGCUGCUUUGGGCGAGUAGAUUCCGCCACCCCCAACCACCGCUGCCUGUGGGCGAGCGCCCCCUCGCGGCGGCGGCGGCAGCAGCAGCGGGAUAAUAGCUUGAAUGUGCUGCCGGUCCCUCGAGGGGCUGCACAAAUAACUUGUCCCUCUUCUGCCCCAUUCCUUGGGGGCCUCUCCUGUGUUGGGUAGGGAGUCUCUUCCCGCCCUCUCCCCCCCCCGCCCCUGACUCCCUUAGGAUCCAAUCCACCCAUCCUUCUGUAUAUAGCAUCUUCUGUUGGUCUUGUUGAAAUCUAGUUUGAAAAUUUUAAUUCUCUCUUGAUUUCCUGGGGUGACAGGAGGGUGCUGGGGGCUCUCUCCAGCCCUCUUCCUCGCUGGGUGCUGGACCCCCACUGUGGCCUGGGCUCUGCUGAUUGGGCUGGUAAGGGGGGAUCCCUCCCUCCCCCACCCCAACUCUGCCUUGCACUAUUCCCCCUCCCUGGCCUAGUGGCCCCUCCCCCUCCCUGGGGGGGCAGGUUCAGGGGCCGGUGCUGUCUCCCUUCCUUCCCCCUCCCACUAUGCCCCAUGCCCAUUUGCACAGCUGCUCAGGCCUCUCCCCCCCCAAGCUAGGGGGGGUCAGGGGAGGGGGUAGCGGGACCAGUCCCUGUAUCUAUUUAAGGCGUGAUGAUGUAAUAUAUUGGGGGGGUUGGGUGCCCCGGGCCCCAUCUUAGCAUUUCAGGUGGUGGGGGGCCCAGGGCUGGAGGGAGGGAGACUGAGGACACCUUGGCCUCCCCUCCCCAUUCCCUUGGCUUUUCCAGUCAGUGCCUUAGGGUUGGGGGGGGCAGUUCCUCCUCUCCUGCCCCAUUCCCUUUCCCUCCCCUCGGGUGUAAGCAACAGAAAGAAAAUAAUAAUAAUUUAAGAUUC